CGUGCGGACUGCGCAGGUGCGCGCCGUCAGCGCGGCCUCCUCACCCCAAGCACAUCUCUCAGCGUGAGGUUGGGACGGCGACCCCAGGCUUGGCUGCAGCUAGAACCUGGGGCCGCGCGAGCGGACGGAGGUCUCCAGAGACCUCGCGAGAGGGGCGCGGGACGGCCGUUGUGAGCGCGGUGGUGCGGGCCUGGCCUGUGCUAGACGGAGCCCGCGGGUGCGGGGCUCCGGGAGCCGAGGCCGCGCGCAGCGAAGGCGAGCCGCACCCCACGCUGUGAGUCCUAAAGGCGAGCCCGCUCCCUAGGCCACGCCCCAGCCUGGGAAGAUGGAGGGGGACCGGCGGACCAGUCCGCCUACCCAGAGCCUGCUUCCCGAUAGCCACUUGGUCCUGUGGACGCUGUGCUCCGUGCUGCUGCCGGUGUUCAUCACCUUCUGGUGUAGCCUUCAGCGGUCACGCCGGCAACUGCAUCGCAGGGACAUCUUCCGCAAGAGCAAGCACGGCUGGCGUGACACCGACCUGUUCAGCCACCCCACCUACUGCUGCGUGUGCGCGCAGCACAUCCUUCAGGGAGCCUUCUGCGACUGCUGCGGGCUCCGCGUGGACGAGGGCUGCCUCAAGAAGGCGGACAAGCGCUUCCCGUGCAAGGAGAUCAUGCUCAAGAACGACGGCCGGGUCGCAGAUGCCAUGCCUCACCACUGGAUCCGCGGUAACGUGCCCCUGUGCUCUUACUGUGCCGUCUGCAAGCAGCAGUGCGGCAGCCAGCCUAAGCUCUGCGAUUACAGGUGCAUUUGGUGCCAGAAAACAGUCCAUGAUGAGUGCAUGAAAAGUAGCUUAAAGAAUGAAAAGUGUGAUUUUGGAGAAUUCAAAAAUCUUAUCAUCCCACCAGGUUAUUUAACUUCCAUUAACCAGAUGCGUAAAAACAAAAAGACAGAUUAUGAAGCGCUAGCUUCCAAGUUUGGAAAGCAGUGGACCCCAUUAAUAAUCCUGGCCAACUCUCGUAGUGGAACUAACAUGGGAGAAGGACUCUUGGGAGAGUUUAGGAUCCUGUUAAAUCCAGUCCAGGUGUUUGAUGUAACGAAAACACCCCCAGUCAAAGCCCUGCAGUUGUGCACUCUUCUUCCUAACCACUCAGUUCGAGUCCUUGUUUGUGGAGGGGAUGGGACUGUGGGCUGGGUCCUCGAUGCAGUUGAUGAAAUGAAGAUUAAGGGACAAGAAAAGUACAUUCCACAGGUUGCGGUCUUACCUCUGGGAACAGGCAAUGAUCUGUCCAAUACCCUGGGUUGGGGUACAGGCUAUGCUGGAGAAAUCCCAGUUGCCCAGGUCUUAAGAAAUGUAAUGGAAGCAGAUGGAAUCAAGCUAGACCGAUGGAAAGUGCAGGUAACAAAUAAAGGAUACUACAAUUUAAGAAAACCCAAGGAGUUCACAAUGAACAACUACUUCUCUAUUGGACCUGAUGCCCUCAUGGCUCUCAAUUUUCAUGCUCAUCGUGAGAAGGCACCAUCUCUGUUUUCCAGCAGAAUUCUUAACAAGGCUGUUUAUUUAUUCUAUGGAACUAAAGAUUGUUUAGUGCAAGAGUGUAAAGAUUUGAAUAAAAAAAUUGAGCUAGAACUGGAUGGUGAGCGAGUUGAACUGCCAAAUUUGGAAGGUAUCAUUGUUCUGAACAUUGGAUACUGGGGCGGAGGCUGCAGGCUGUGGGAAGGAAUGGGAGACGAGACUUACCCUCUAGCCAGGCAUGAUGAUGGUUUACUGGAAGUUGUUGGAGUGUAUGGGUCUUUCCACUGUGCUCAAAUCCAAGUGAAACUGGCAAAUCCUUUUCGAAUAGGACAAGCACACACAGUGCGGCUGAUUUUGAAGUGCUCGAUGAUGCCGAUGCAAGUGGAUGGGGAGCCAUGGGCCCAGGGACCCUGUACUGUCACCAUAACACACAAGACACACGCUUUGAUGCUCUACUUCUCUGGAGAACAGUCGGAUGAUGACAUCUCAAGUGCUUCGGAUCAAGAGGAUCUAAAGGAUGCUGAGUAGAGAGAGGGAUGAGCUGCGACAGCAUCUGCCCACACCAGUAGACACAUGGUCACCCACAGGAAGUACUGUUAGCACGCCAGUCUUCAUUUCAUUCCUCGUAUAAUGGUGUGAGCUUAUGCAAACAGCGUUUCCACAGCUAGACUUCAGUCUCACAAAUACAUACUCUUAUCAGCAAGAUCCUCUGAUCUUGAAAAAAAAAAAACACAAAGUUGCACGAAGAUGAAAUGUUUCUCCUGACUGAAUGUUUCAAGACUGGGGCUCACUCUGCAGUAUGCACUGUAUUAAGUAUCAUAUUUGAUAGGGUGUGGAUGAAAAAAAUCAUUUCUCUCUUACUUUUUGAUACAGAGACAACAUAACAUGUUAAAAAUUAACUUGCCUUUUGAACUGCUGUGGUUAACACUGGGCUUAUUCCUGCAGUGUGCUUCCUGAGAUUUCCCACACCCCAAACCAAAUGGACCCAACAUCCUGAUUUCUAGGAGCUCCUGAGAAAGAAGGGAAAGAGAAAUGGUACUUGAAAUUUUCACAGUAGUAUAUUUUCUGUCAUCAUUUUAAUGACCAUAUUGAGCUGAAAUGCAAAAAUCUUUUUAUUUUAAUUGUUUUUGUUUGGGCAGUACUAGGGAUUGAACCUAGACGAUGAAUGCUCUAUAUUAAACUAUACUCCCAGCACAAUAUAUAUAUAAUAGAUAUAUAUUAAGUGGAUGGGUCUAAAGUAAGAUUAAGAGUACUUUAAGUUGGAAACUCUAUAAUUCACCAGCUUCUCUAUUGCUUAAAAGAUAGUGUUGAGGCCCGGCGAUGGUGGCGCACGCCUUUAAUUCCAGCACUCGGGAGGCAGAGGCAGGCGGAUCUCUGUGAGUUCGAGGCCAGCCUGGCCUACAGAGCGAGUGCCAGGACAGCCUCCAAAGCCACAGAGAAACCCUGUCUCGAAAAACCAAAAAAAAAAAAAAAAAGAUAGUGUUGACAGUGAGAAAAAAAUAGACAUAAGGGAAGCUUUCAUUUUGACAGCAUCACCCUCGGAGAGGCAAGGCCACUGAGAUGUUUAUAUCAUAUUUAUUUCAAAUGGGAAAGAUAUCUAUUUUUAACUUAUUAUUAACCUUGUGGCAUGAUCCUUGUGUUUAGUGUUUACACUGUAGUGUACAGUUUUAUAUAGUAAACUGGUCACACAAAUCUGUGGUCACAGUCACAUAGAACUCUCCCUUGGUUCCCACAGCAUAUACACUCACUGCUCAUUCCUCAGACUCUAAGGCACACGAUGAACUUGGGGUCCCAAAGCUUUGCUUCACUACACCUCCACCCUCUGCUUAUUGAAAGGCGGUUCCACGGCUCUCCAUUAGAGGGUGCCCUGCCGCUGUUGUCAGUGGCCUGCCUCUGCAGUUAGCCACACCCAGUGGGCAUCUAGCCCCGUGUGUUUCUGACAAAUGGCAUAUUUGCACUUGGUAGUCUUGCAUGAAUUAACUUCUAAAAGACUACAAUCUAAUCCAAAACCACCAUUUAUCUCUUUUAAUGCUUUAUUAUGGGUCUGUAGUCAGUGAAUUGCCAUAAACUUUAGUCUGAGUCACCUCAGGCUAGACCAUGUUUUUGAAAGGACAACUUAGCAAACUAAUUUUUCACUGCUAAGUUAACCUCUUCUACCUGUUCCUAGGUGAGGCCAAAUUGUACCAUUGACAGAUAUCCAACAGGUCUGUCCCAGCCUACUCAUAGGCCUUCACACUGGAUAACUGCAGCCAAGGGUUUCCCUUGGGAACGGAUCCUGUUUGGAAUGUAAUGAAAUUCAUCCUUGGAUUCAUGGUCAGGGUUGUUAAGAUGUCACCCCCUGAGGCACACUCUUAAAUUUACCUAUAGCUCACAGUGCUCAUUUAUAGUGGAAACAAAUCAUUAAUUUGGGACUAUCAAUGGAAAUAUUUGGGGUAAUUCUAGAGAUACUCUAGUUAGAGCAGGCUGUGUCCCCUCCCCCAACACACCAUGUUUUUCUGAUGCCUUGCUCACUCAGAUUUUUAUUCUGUAGCUUUCACAAUACCGCAUCACAAAGCAUAGCAGUAUUGUUUUACUACAGCUCACUUUUAGGCACUAGUUCACCCUGCAUUCCAGAUAAAUGUAUAGGCAUGUGCCUUGUUUAAAUACAAUUUGUAAGACUUGGCGUUUGCAAGUUAUAUAUUAGGGAGUAGUAGCUUACAUUACCAGGGGUCUGGUUCACCACGAGAUUGUCUGUUCCGUUUAAAGUUGUCUCAACAGCAACAUAACUUACAUGUUCUCAGGAAAAACUGUGAACCGUCUGUUUUCACAUCUCUUGUCUUUUUCUGCCCUGAUACAUUCCUAAUGCCUCAUGUGGCUUAAACACCAAAUACCCAGCAGCUCCUCUAGGUCCUUAGGCAGUUUCUGGCACUUGGUUACGUAUUUUGUAGUCAGAGGCACUUCUGUCUAGAAUAGAAGUUGUCCAGUAAGGUCACUGAAUCUAAAUGUUUUAGAUUUUCUGUAAUUCUUAGCUGUGAACCUGUAAUGUAAGCUGAUAUUUAUAAAAAUUUUAUAGUGAAACUAUUUAUUUUAUUUUUUUUAGAGUAUGAAAAUCUGUAGUAGUUGCCUUUUGAACAUUUGUGUACCUGGUUGUAAUGUAGACUGAUUCAGAAAAGUUCUUAUUUGUGCUGUAAGCUGAGUACUUCUCUACCAGCAGCAUGUCAGAAAGAGUAAUAUAAAGUCAAAUAUUUCUAAUGUACACUGUGGGAUUUUUAAUUUGCACUAGCUAGAAAACUUGAAAGGUUAUGUUAAUUUGCACAUCAGUGUGGACCCAAAUACAUAAUCUGACCAGAAAGGUCAGUAGAAUA